CGGCAGGUCGAUUGCUGUCAUAUGUUGUAAAACCAAGCAACGCUUCGCGGCUUUUUGACAACGUGAAUAUUCUUUUUUGGUGAUAAAAUUUAAUUAAUAUUUGCACAUAAAUAGCUGAAACGAGCAUAAACAUGGAGGGCGCCAUCGCUCAUGUUGUAGCAAGUGGGGAGCAGCGUACAAGUGAUGUGGCUGCCGGUUCAACCAGCUUCGAAGAUCUCCAUGUCAACCGGAACAUUUUGAAUGGUUUGCAAGAGCACAAAUUUCUGACACCAACCAAAAUUCAAGCGGCCGCUAUUCCAAUAGCAUUUGCUGGAAUGGAUCUGCUGGUGCAGUCCAAGAGUGGAACUGGUAAAACAUUGAUUUAUUUGCUAGCAGCAUUUCAGUUGUUGCAAAAGUCAGUGCAUAAGCCACAGGUAUUAAUAAUUGUGCCAACUCGAGAAUUGGCCAUACAGGUUGAAGACACAGCACACUGUCUGACAAGACGUGUGAAAGAUAGACGGGACUAUAAGACCGCCAGCUCCAUUGGCGGCACAGAUGUGAAGAAGGAUCGCCUCAACAUGGCUCAUGCCCGCAUUGUGGUGGGUACGCCGGGCAGACUGUUGCACCUCAUGCGCAACCGGGUUUUCAAUUCGUCGUGCAUCAAGCUGCUUGUGCUGGACGAGGCAGAUCAGUUGUAUGCCACUCAAUCGCUGCAGAAGGAUGUGCAGGCGCUGUUGGAGCCGAUUCUACCAGAAUGCCAGGUCAUUGCCUGCAGCGCGACCUAUCCCAAUGGCCUGGAUGAUCGUCUGGCCAAGCUAAUGCGCAAUCCCAUUCUGGUGUCCAACAGUGAGCGUGCAACAGUCUUGCUGGGAAUACGCCAAUUUGUCUACGAGUUGCCAGAACAACCCAACAGCAUGCAGGAGAUGGUCGUCAAGCUGGGUGCACUGCGCAAAAUCUUUGAUCAGUUGCUCUACGAGCAGGCCAUACUCUUUGCCAGUUCGCAGAGCCGAGCUGACUCUUUUUGCAACUAUUUGAUACGCAACAACGUCGAAUGUAAUCUAAUGUCUGGUGCGAUGAAGCAGGAAGAUCGCCUGGCGAACUUUAAGGCCUAUCGCAAUUUCCAAACGCGUACUAUGGUCGCCACAGAUUUGAUGGCACGUGGCGUAGACUCGUCGCAUGCUAAUCUGGUCGUCAAUUUGGAUCCGCCCAAGGAUCUGGUUACCUAUUUGCAUCGCAUUGGACGCGCGGGUCGCUUUGGAUCCAAGGGCAUAGCCAUUACUUUUAUAUCCUCGCCGCAACAGUGCCAACAUUUUAAACGCAUUAUCGCUGAAGCUGGCACUGGUAUGUCAGUGCUGCAGUUUCCCGACGAACAGCGGGCUGGCUUUGAUUUUUGGAAUUUUGAUUCCUACGAUUUUCCAUAUUUCCAAAAAAUUGAGGCCCAUGAGCAGGAGGAGGCCGAGCUAAAACGAAUUAAGCAACGCUGGAAGGGAAAAGCAGAGCUGACAAGUCCCACAGUCGAAUCUCCUAUUGAACAUUUGGAAAAUGAAGUAGUUCAAAAACCUGCUGAGCAGGUAGAAAACUCUGCUGAGCAGGAACCAAAACAAAAUGAUGAACUCAUAUCCGCACAGGUUGUAGAUAUUGCUGAUGUGGAACUCGAAAAUAAAAAAGAUGCAUGCCAGUUGGAGGAAAUAAUGAUAAAUCCUGAGAAAGACGAGUCACAACGACCCACAGAACUACAGUUGGAUGUAAUUUUAGCUCAAGAAAUGCUAUGUGAUCUAGAAUUUUUACAGAAAGAUGAGGUUGACCCUAAGGAAUUAGACAACGACAAACCGACACAGCAAGAUAAUCCGGACAAUUUCAAGAGUCCACUAGAAACAAGGACGGAAGAAAUCGGGAAGCGUCAAGAAUCUUUAAAUCAACCCAUGGAGCUGACACUUGAAAUAAUGGAAGAUGUCAGCAUCUAUUUAGAGAGUCCUAACAAUAUCAAAAGUACGCUAAAAUCAAAAACGGAACAAAUCGAAAAGCAUCAAGAAUCUUCAAUAGAACCCAUGGAGCUGACACCGUCUACCGAUAUUCCUGCGGCAGCUCCAAAUUCAAUAAAUUCUAAAACCUAUUGCCUGAUGUUUCCCACUGACCGUAGCUCAACAACAUUGCUUCCCUUAGGUAUAUCAAACACUGUCGAUGAUGCGAGCAGCAUCAUUUCGGAUAGCACGGAUAAUAAUUACGACAGUGACGCUUCCUACAGCAGCUUCUAUUCAAUAAGCGAUGCACGUCUCAUCUGGCGCCGUGCAUUGUCCCAGCGAAAGCUGCAAAAACGUCGUCAAUUUGCCAAACGGCGCGUAUGUCGGUUGAAUUUGCGACGUUGGUCGAUACAGAAAGGUGUAAAGAAACCGAAGACACCUAGCAAGCGAAGGAUUAAAGCUGAUUUGGAUGGCGAGGAGGACGCCGACGUUUCUACUUUAACCGAAUGGCAGAAUAAGAAGUAUAAACAGCUGGAAAAUGAAAUACAUCCCAAGUUGAGCGAAGAUCAAAUCUAUUUCAAAACAACCGAUCGCCAUCUGUUGGUAUACAAGACAUUUAAUUGUGUGCGUUUGCUGAAAAAGUUUGAUAGCUCAACGGAACAGCGUCUAAAAGUCUAUUUCGAAAGAACCCAUUUGAGUCUUAAGAAAGUUGACCAGUGGAUGAUUCAUCUGUACGAUGCAAUGCAGCACUUUUAUUAUGUGGAUCAUAGCAAGCCAAAGGCACUGCCCAAACCAAUCUUGCCUGUAUUGUAUCCCCAUAAUUACAAUAACCUAAUGAAGCUCUUAAAUCUCCAACCAUGUGCAUAUGCUCGGCAUGAGAAGAUUCAAAGAGAGCAGCCAAAACAGAAGCCACAAAUCAAAUUGACUAUACAUGUUAAUCCACCAGUAAACAUAAUGCCCAUAAUUGCUGUAGAUGGAUAUGAUAAUGCUGAGGAUAUACAAUCAGGUACUUCAAGUUCUGACAUGAACAGUGAGAAUGAGAGUGUUGGCGCUGAUAGCGAGGAACCAUACUCUUCCAGCGGAUUUGUAGAAUCCACUGAGAGCGCAUCAUCGGGCAUUGACACCUCACAGUAUGGCAGUAAUUCUUCGACAGAAACUUCAGACGAUGGAGAAACUUCAGAUGAUAAAGAAACUUCCUAUAAUGAAACUGAUGAUGAUGAUACUGAGAGUUCGGAAGUCUCUCUCACCCUCACAGCAGAUACCGAUGAAAGUGAUACAGAAGAGGAAGAUUGUGAUGAUGAUACUGAUACUGAUAACACUGUGCAAAAUGCUGCCGGUGGUGAUCUGGUCUUGGCUCAAGCCCGCUGGCAGCAUUUAUUUGAGCAACAGUAUCAAUUUAUUGCCAGCUACGUGGAUAAUUAUAUGGCAAGCUAUGGACACCAAAAUUAAACAUUUUAUCAGGAGUGCCACAGAGAUCAAAACCAACAAAACACCAUACAUUUUUAUUUUCUUUUUCAGUUGGUUUGAUAUUUGUGUGUAACACCCCCUUGUAUAAUUAAAGAUUCCAGCGCUAUGGAAGCGCAAUUCCUAGUCUUGAAAGUCUGAAAACGAUAGAAACUCAGGCAUUAUAUUUUCUUUUUUAUUAACGAAAUAAAACAAGUUCCAGAAAGGCUGCAUCAGCUUUGAUAUAGUUAUUAAUGUGAGCAUUUCAUAUAUAUUCAAUAUGAAAUGUCAGGUACAAACAGAAAAACUCAUAUUCUAAAAAAUUCUUUGAAUACUGAAAAAAAAAUACGAACUGCAUUGUUACUACUUAAAGAUUGCAAAUGAAUUGCAUAUAUGUUUCUCUUUUUAAAUCAUAUAAAAUAUUGAUCUAUAAAACAAAGAAACAAAAUAAAAACUAAAAAGAUA